AUGUCUUUCGAUACAGAAGUCCUCAUUAUCGGCGCCGGCAUGUCUGGUCUCGGCCUCGCUGUCCAACUAAUCCGUCAAUUCGGCGUCCGCAAUUUUGAACUCAUUGAGAAGAGUGACGAUGUUGGAGGGACGUGGUUCGCCAAUACGUAUCCCGGAUGCGGAUGUGAUGUUGCAUCACAUUUCUAUUCCUACUCAUUUGCCCUGAAUCCAGAUUGGUCGCGGAAGUACUCUAUGCAGCCUGAAAUCCAACGCUAUUUCAGGUCUGUGGCUGAACAGUACCAGAUUGUGGAGCAUGUCAGGUUUCGAGCCACGGUUGAGAAGGCAGAGUGGGAUGACGAGGGGAAAGUAUGGGUUGUCACAAUUCGGGAUGAGAAGAGCAAGCAAACUAUUGUGAGGAGAUGUAAGAUUUUGGUUUCUGCUGUGGGCGCGCUGUCUGUGCCGAAGAAAUGUGAGAUACCCGGCGCAGAGAGGUUUGAGGGGAAGAUGUUUCAUUCAGCAAAGUGGGAUCAUGGGUGCGAGUGGAAGGGGAAGGAUGUUGUAGUUCUUGGAAACGGCUGUUCAGCAACCCAAUUCCUCCCCAUCAUGGCCAACGGCCCCUCGGCCGCCCAUCACAUCACCCAAUUCAGUCAGCAAGCCCAAUACCUCUCCGAGCGCACAAAUCCCACCUACACGCCCUUCUUUAAAUUAAUAAUGCGGUACGUACCUCUUGCAAUGUAUCUCUACCGCGCGCAUCUAUACUGGCAAAUGGAGCGCGACUUCCAAGGCUUCGACAUCGAAGGUGGGACAUCAAUCCGCGCGAACCUAAAGACAGAAAAUGAAAAGUAUGUGAAGCGCACAGCGCCGCGGCGAUAUUGGGAUGCCCUUAUUCCAAAGAGCGAGAUCGGGUGUAAGCGGAAAGUGCUUGAUACGGAUUAUCUUGCUAGUCUGCAUAAUGGGAAUGUGGAGCUAGUGUCUGAUGAUCCAGUGCAAGAAAUUGUAGCUCAGGGGGUUAGAACUAAGAGUGGGAGGUUGGUGAAGGCGGAUGCGUUGGUGUUGGCGAUUGGGUUUGCGACACAGCAGAUGUUAUGGCCGAUGGAGAUUUUGGGGAGAAGGGGCGUGAGGUUGGAGAAUUUUUGGGAUAAGACGACGCAAUCAGUAGCACAAGCGUACUUUGGAACCUGCGUGCCAGAUUUCCCUAACUUCUUUAUCAUGAUGGGGCCAAACACAGUAACAGGCCACCUCUCCGUAAUAUACACCGUCGAAUGCCAAAUAAACUUCACCCUCCGUCUCCUCAGCCCAAUCCUGCAAACCCUUCCAUCCUACCGCUCCACCCACACCACCUUCCCCUUCUCCCUCUCAUCCCUCCUCUCAUCCCUCCAUCUCUCCGCUCCAUCCCCACAACCCUCAACCGUCGAAGUCCUCAUGCCCGCCUUCCUCGCCGACACCCUGUGGACGCAAACCUCAGCACGCAAACUCGUAUGGUCUUCUGGGUGUGUCAACUGGGCGAUAGACCCGAAGACUGGGUUGAAUAAUAUGAUGUAUCCGGAUUGGCAGUAUUGGUAUUGGAUAAGGAGUGUGUUUAUUAGAAAGGGGGAUUUUGUGUAUAGGGAUGGGCAGGGGAAGGAGGUUCGUAGUUCGAGAGGAUCGUGGCUGUGGGUGGUCGGGGCUGCGGUGCUUGGGUUCAUGGGGCUGAAGGCUGCCGGAAUGGUGGAUGGAGAGAAGGGGUUAGGGGGGGAGAUUCGUGGACUCGUUGGUUUGGGGGACGUAGUGAGCUGGCCGCUUUGA